UUCUCUUAUUUUCUUUCAACUUAGACCCACAUCGCCUUUCUACUCGUUUCCAGUUGUUUCCAGUUUCCUCAGCUCACCCUCUUCUCUCUGGCUUUUGUUUGUUUCGUGAGAAAAAUUCGAGGGUGUUUUUUCUCCCUAUGGCUUGGCUUCACGUUUUUGUUCUUCUUCUAGCCGUUUCUCAACCAACAGCUGACGAAGAUCCAUAUAUUGGAGUGAAUAUAGGGACAGAUCUAUCAAUCAUGCCACACCCAACUCAAGUAGUUGCUCUUCUUAAAGCUCAGAAAAUCCAACAUGUUAGGUUGUACGACGCAGACCGAGGCAUGCUAGUUGCUCUUGCAAAUACUGGGAUUCGAGUUAUGGUUUCUAUUCCCAACGAGCAACUUCUUGGCAUUGGACAAUCGAAUUCUACUGCAGCUAAUUGGGUCUCUCGGAACAUCGUUGCACAUUAUCCAGCAACCAGCAUCACUGCAAUUUGUGUUGGUUCCGAGAUUUUCACUACUCUUCCUAAUGCGGCACCAGUGCUUGUGAAUGCCAUGAAGUUUGUUCACGCUGCCCUCGUGGCAUCGAAUUUAGACAACCAAAUCAAAGUUUCAUCGCCUCUUGCUUCAUCUAUAAUCCUUGAUUCUUUCCCACCUUCCCAGGCCUUUUUCAAUCGGUCGUGGAAUCCGGUUAUGGUCCCUAUGCUUAAGUUCUUUCAGUCGACAGGAUCGCCGCUCAUGCUUAAUAUAUACCCUUACUAUGACUACAUGCAAUCAAAUGGCGUGAUUCCACUAGACUAUGCACUUUUCAAGCCUCUUCCUCCGACCAAGGAAGCCGUCGACUCUAACACACUAGUCCACUACUCCAAUGUCUUCGAUGCAAUAGUCGAUGCUACAUAUUUUGCCAUGGCUUUUCUGAACUUCACUAACAUCCCUGUUAUAGUGACCGAAACCGGUUGGCCAUCGAAAGGUGAUUCCAAUGAACCAGAUGCCACAAUAGAGAACGCCAACACAUACAACAGCAACUUGAUCCGCCAUAUGAUAAACAAAACCGGAACUCCCAAGCGCCCUGGAAUUGCUGUCAGCACUUACAUCUAUGAGCUCUAUAAUGAAGACCAGAAACCCGGGCCAAUCUCAGAGAAGAACUGGGGUUUGUUUGAUGCAAAUGGUGACCCUAUUUACAUACUACGCUUGACAGAUUCAGGGUCAUUGUUAGCAAACGACACCAGUAAUCAAACUUAUUGUACCGCAAAGGAAGGUGCUGAUCCGAAGAUGUUGCAGGCUGCUUUAGAUUGGGCAUGUGGACCAGGAAAAGUAGAUUGUUCAGCAUUGUUGCAGGGAAAACCAUGUUAUGAGCCCGACAACGUGAUCGCACAUGCAACUUACGCAUUUGACACUUACUAUCACCGUAUGGGGAAGACUCCCGACGCAUGCGACUUUAAUGGGGUUGCAGAUAUUACAACAACAGAUCCAAGUCAUGGUUCUUGUACUUUUCCAGGAAGCCUUGGAAGGAAUGGAACUAUGGGAAAUAGAACAGCACUGUCGAUGAACUCAACGAGUUCGGAUUCGCCGGGUCGGAAUUUUUACAGUGGGGGAGGUUUCGCUACCGUGUUAGUGGUAAUCAAAGUUAUGCUGUGGAGUGUAAUCUUCAUGUAGGAUGGUGGUUUCGUCUGAGUAGCAUCUCUCUAUGAUCCCCAGUGUUUUCUAUAACACUAGAGAAUACCAAAAGAUGCGAUAUCAAAGGGUACUUCUGGAUACGCGGUUUCCAGAAUUCUAAUUUAUUUGUUUAUUUAUUUUCCCGUGAAUUCUUGCGCUUUUUUUUUUUUGCUCGAUGAUGAUUGAUAUUUGCUUUAACCACACUGAAAGUAGAGAUUUCGAAGGAUUCAGUUUUUUCCUUCUUUGGUUUAGUGCAAAGUUGCUAUGCUUGUUGUGUAUGGUUUUAGCUUAAUGAUUCUGUUUUCUAGGAGCUUGAGGAUAAUGUCCCUUUCUUUUAGAUUAUGGAAGAGAGCUUUUGUCAUGCGCUUGAA